CAGCAAAAGGACACAAAGCAGUUGGGCGCUUCUGGAGUUCUCUUUCAUUGUCUCAAACCUUCGUUUCCAUUCGUUCGUUCCAUCAGAGGGAUAAUCGCAACCAAUAUGCAAAGCGAAAGGCAAGGCAGACGCGGUUUCUCUCGCUCAGAUGACCUGUUAAAUAGUUUCCCGGGAUUUGGAUCUCGUAGAAGCAUGUUGCCUAGCCUCUUCAGUGGAAGGGAUCCAUUUGAUGAUCCCUUCUUCAGUCGGCCGCUUGGAGACAUGUUUGAGUCUAGCAUGUUCCGUCCAAGUGCUGCUUCUAGUGAUACACCAAAGAGUGGUAGAGAUGGGGGAAUCAUAGUAGAAGAACUAGACUCUGAUGAUGACGGAGAGGAAGAUGAGGUUACUGGAGAUGGGAGAGAUAAGAGGAAGCAACGAACUGUGUCAAGCGAAGAGCCAUCUGUUGAGCAUCCUGAUGAUGAUGAUAUGGAUGCAGAAGAGACAGGCAAGAACACGAGUAAAAGAGGUGAUUUCAACAAGGUGCAAGGCACACAGCCCCAGGGUCAUAGUGCCUCUGUUCAGAGUUGCAGAGUCACAUAUGGUGGUGUAGAUGGAGCAUAUUACACUUCUACAAGAACCAGAAGGGCAGGCAAUGAUGGCGUGAAGAUUGAGGAGACCAAAGAAGCAGAUAGGACAACUGGUCGAGCAACACAUAAGAUAUCUAGAGGAAUUCAUGAUAAGGGUCAUUCUGUUACAAGGAAGCUUAACCCAGAUGGAAAGGUGGAUAUGUUGCAAACUUUACACAAUCUGAAUGAAGAUGAGCUUGCUGGUUUUGAAGAAGCAUGGAAUGGUAAUGUUAAGGUGGACUUACCUGGCUGGAAAGAAUUUGACAACCUUGGUAAUGCUAGUGAACGGAAGGGCAAUGCACCUUGGAGUGCUGGGCUCCUUCAAUCUUCAGAGCAACCACAAAGCUCCAGAUGGAUUAGACCAGGGAAUGUAGCCGGGACUACUUCUGAUGGGAGAACCAAGAAGGUUGUUAGAAUCAAUAUAGAGUAAAUAAAAGCAGACUAUCUACGCAGGUCAGAAGAUGGGAAGAGCAUCUGUAGUUGGCUGAUGCUGCUGUAGUGUUUUAAAUUAUGAAGAGUUGGACGUCUGUCUUCUUUGUAUUGUAGUUUUGGAAGGGUAUUUAGUGAUUUUGGUCUUCCAUUGUUCAUCAGACGACAGUGUUUUAUGAGAAUGAAUUGUUGUGAAAAUUUUAUUGUGGCUAAUCAUUCAAGUGAAAAUGAGUUGCGUAUAUAAACAAG